AUGCUAGUCCCGUCUAAGAACACUAAUGCUAUUAACGUCAUAGUGUUGACGUUACUGGUCGUGACGUCAUUAGUUCGAGGUUCGUCGCUAACCGACGUCACAAAACUGCAGUCUGAUCUUCUUAAUGGCUACAACAAGUACGUUCGACCUGCUGACGACACUUAUCAACCAGUCUAUGUAAAUUUCACAUUUUUUCUCGUUGGAAUUAGGGAUUUCGAUGAAGUGACUGGAAAAUUUGCCGUGACUGCUUUUAUGUCUGUGACCUGGAGUGACAGUCGUAUGACAUGGGAUCCCACGGCAUACAACUACACGUACUAUCUUCCUUUUGCUGGGAACCAAGUUUGGAAACCAAAUAUCAUCCUGAUAAACCCAUUUAAUUCCGUAAGCAAGGUUGGGGAGGACUUCAUGGAGAUUCGAUACCUGUUCAAUGGUGGAGCUUCCUGGUCCCCCGGUGACGUGAUGAGUAGCGCGUGCGAAAUAGAUGUCACCUACUACCCUUUUGACAAACAGAUAUGCAUUUUGCAAAUGAUGCCAUGGGGGGCCCCAAGCUCGGAAAUUUUAUUUAUUUCUUCCGCCGAAAAGGCCGACCUGUCGUUCUAUGCGGCCCAUGGUACUUGGGAUUUGGUAUCAACUAAAACUAAAUCGACUAAUCAUGAUGGUUUGUCAUCUUACAUAGUGGAAAUAACAAUGAAAAGACGACCUUUGUUUUUCGUUGUGAACGUCGUAUUACCUAUCCUGUUCAUGGCCUUUCUAAAUUCCCUUGUCUUCAUACUACCAGUUGAGAGUGGCGAACGGGUGUCUUACGCUAUCACUGUCUUGCUUGCAAUAGCGGUUUUCUUGACGCUUGUCGGCGAUAACUUACCCAAAACAUCUGAGCCAAUGUCGGUUCUCUGCUACUUCCUCCUAGCUGACCUAAUAAUGAGUUCCGUCGUUUCAAUAAUCACGAUUAUUGGAUUACGCAUUUAUUAUAUAAACGACCGACCGGUCCCGGGCUGGCUUUCUCACAUGGUCGUCUGUCUCAGCUGCGGAUCGAACCGGAAACGGAAAUUGACGGAACGUGUUACGCCGUCACCAGAUACAGUGUCACCUCCUCAUUUCAAGUUUGAUGGCGUAGAGGAAAACAAUUUACCUCAAAGCAGAAAAAUUGCUACUGGGAGGAGCCAAAUCACAACAGUGAUGAAUGUGAAGUCUAGGUUGCAUUCAGAUAUUAGUAUAUUUGAUGAAAAACCGGAAGUGGAUCCGUUGCCAGUCGAAGACGGACCAACUGUGACCUGGCACCACGUCAACCACGCCCUCGACAAGGUCUCAUUU